CCAAAUUGGCAACUUGACGCCGCCCUCGCUCACACGCUCGCCGCCCGCUUCCCCUCCUCAUCAAGAUAAGGCGGGAAACCCAGCUGCGGCUGCGGAUUCCAGAAGGUUCUGGAAGCUUCUGGGGCACCCCACGCACAGCCGCCGGCGCCCGGCCCGGUGCCGGAAGAGGCUGCAUGCAUGAGUAGUCGCGCCGCCGCCGUAGAGGAGCAGCAUGGGGAUGGUCACCGCCACCGCCGCCGCCGCCCUCCUCGCCUCGCCGCCGCAGGGUCAUCUUGGAAGGCGGUGUCACCUCGUGGUGCCCGGGCUACGGCUGAGGCCGCCGGCCAGCUCAUCUCCUCCCCACGCCGCCCCGCCGCUCAGGUUAAGCAAUUUUGUCCCAAGGUGUUACAUCACAAAUGUUGAGGUUGAUGUUAGUCAUACGAGUGAACAAGAGGCUCUAGAUGAUCACCCACCAUUGUUGCCAGCCUGCGCCAUUCCAGUUGUACACCUACGAGAUGUUCCGGAUGCUAGUCCUUUUCCCCUGCAUGAGAGUGCUUCCCAUUCUACUGAUUUUGAAGAGCUACCCGUCUUGUCUGAGGGUGAGCUACAUACUAUAGCGGCCACCCCUGCCCACCCUGCUGGAUUAUAUGCUCUAUACGCUAGCUACUUAUUUGGUAACUUGGUGGAACAACUUUGGAAUUUUGCUUGGCCUGCUGCACUGGCAAUUCUCCAUCCAAGCCUAUUGCCUGUGGCUAUUGUCGGUUUCUUCACAAAGCUUUCAGUCUUUAUUGGGGCACCAAUAGUAGGGAAACUUAUGGAUCAUUUCCCUCGAAUACCUAUGUACACAGGGUUGAAUGCUGUCCAGGUAGCCACUCAGUUGAUAUCAGCUGCAAUGGUCAUCUAUGCUAUGAAGAAUGUGACCCAUGCAUCUACGUCCGCCGUAGUUCUCAAACCUUGGUUUAUCGCACUAGUGGCAGCUGGAGCUAUUGAAAGGCUUGCAGGAUUGGCACUAGGAGUUGCUAUGGAGCGGGACUGGGUUGUGUUGUUAGCAGGAACUAACAGGCCAGUUGCAUUAGCUCAAGCUAACGCUGUGCUUAAUCGACUUGAUCUUGUUUGUGAGACUGUUGGUGCUUCAGUUUUUGGCCUUCUGCUGUCCAAAUAUCAUCCAGUAACCUGUUUGAAGAUUGCUUGUGGUCUAAUGAUAUGCAGUUUCCCUGUCCUGGUUGUGUUGGGUCAACUGAUUAACAGAUUCUCCUGCCAUGCUCUUGAUUCCUCUAGAACCCCGAGUGAAGAAUCUAUCUGUGCCAAUCUAUUGGAUGUUCGUAAGAUUGUUCAAAAUGGCUUGAGUGCUAUCAGAAAUGGCUGGAAUGAGUAUAAGCAGCAAACAGUUCUACCUGCAAGUGUAGCUACCGUGUUUCUAAAUUUCAAUGUAGCACUUGCUCCUGGUGCUAUAAUGACUGCGCUAUUGAUGCAUCGUGGUAUUAGUCCGUCGAUUGUUGGUGCUUUUAGUGGAUUGUGUUCUAUCAUGGGCCUUGUUGCGACAUUCAUCUCCUCAAGCUUGGUGGAAAGAGUUGGAAUUCUAAAGGCAGGAGCAGCUGGAUUGAUAGUUCAAGCUUCACUCUUGUCGGUCGCUCUCGUAGUGUAUUGGACUGGUUCUAUUUCACAGAGGACACCUCUACUUAUCUUCCUGGCUGCUAUCGCAUUAUCUCGGUUGGGGCACAUGUCAUAUGAUGUUGUGGGUACACAGAUUCUCCAAACAGGUGUUCCUGCAUCAAAAGCAAAUCUUAUUGGUGGAAUGGAGGUCUCAAUAUCAAGCCUUGCAGAACUAGUCAUGCUUGGUAUGGCCAUCAUCGCAAACGACGUUUCUCAUUUCGGUUUCUUGGCAAUCCUAUCCGUGUCAUCGGUUGCUGGUGCGGCAUGGAUGUUCUGCCAGUGGUUGGGAAAUCCUACAGAUGAGCAGAGGGAACUGUUCAUGUUUGAUCCCCAUUUCCAAGUUGAACCAAUAUAAUGAACAAGGCAUGUUCUAAAGUAGCUGGGAAAGUUACAUCACAUGCUGCGUGUGCUUGGCGUCAGAAGAGGGCUCUGCAAUGCCCUGAAGACGCUGUGACAUUUUGAUUCAAUACAAUAUACACUUAGGAUACAGUCAUUUGUUACUAUUAGCCCAAGCCAUGCGUAGAAUUCAACUUGUACACCCUUUUUUUUCACCUCACAUGCUGUACAGUUCAUCUACCAUGGGCUUAGUUGUUUUUUGUAGGCUUGUAGCUGAUGUAGAGCACCAUAACAAUCAGUUGCAAUAACAAAAUCAAUAGCAUUCUCUCUCUCUCUCUCUCUCUCUCUCUCUCACACACACACACACACACACACAGUACACACAGAUAUGCAACGGAAAAAGUCCACUUUACUUCAAUUUUUUUUUCUAAUUUUACAUCCCGGAUUAUUAAAAAUAUUUUACUUUCCUCCCCUGAUAAACACUAUUUCUCUCUUUAUUUCUCUGCAUUUAAGUCAUAUCUUGCACUGCAAAUUUGGUAGGAUGCUAGAUGUGUUACAACUUACUGCUCCGUCCCAAGAAAACCAAUUCCUACAUGUGUACA